GCCGUGGAGUACCGUAAUAACGGCCGUCCGACGCCGGUGCCGAGUCCUGGGUACCGCAUGGAUGAGCUCGAUGCUCGCCGGGAUCGGUGGAUGGCGGCGCUAGGUCGUGUGGUCCGAGCAGUGCAAAGCCAUCGUGCGCACCAAUGGAUGUUUCGGAUGUGGGUGUUGCAUGGGCGGCCGCGGUGGCGGUGGCUUUUUGAAACGAUCACUGCCACAGGGACCCACGAUCCCGAGGAAUCGUGGACCAAAGACAAGCUGAUCAAGAACGACGUGUACCGAGACCGGCUCCUCGCCCAGGAAAUCGCGGCGUUUGUCGACCUCGGCGACGCGCUCGGCAUGACAGGCGCCCAGCGCCAUGCAAUGUUUGAGAAAUUUCUCCACGUCGACUGGAUGCGGCGCAGUGCGAUCUCUGUCCAAGAAUUGUGCAUGUACUGUGGCUUGCGACGCACGCGUUUUGCAGACUGCAUCUUGCCGCUUCCGCGAGCCAACGACGGGUUCCGCCAGUUCCACCAUCGCUUCGAACUUGUACAGCUCAUGGCGGCGCUCUUCAACGUGUGCACGCUGCCGGCCGCCAAGCUCGUCGCGUGGGUCGUGGACCAGGCCAAAGUCGACCCAAUUGUUCAGACCCUCGUGCCCGACUGCGACAAAAACCCACCAUUGCGUCUUCAGCUCGCCCAGCUCCUCGUAUUCGUCACCGGCACACUAACACCCAACGAAAAGUACCUGAAGUCAGCCUUGGAAUCGCUGUACUUGUCUACGAGCGACACCCGAACCGCGUCAUCCCAUGGUAUGACGACGCUCGAGUCGUUCUUGCGGCGAUUUCCAGUGCUCAUCUUUCCCGUGUUUUGGCUCCAACGAACGUUGCGUCGGCGUGUCAUGGGCACCAAAUUUUGGACGCAACUCCAAGCCAAGAGGGCAAGUUGGGGAAGCAGCCAGAUCUUCUACACCCCCCUUGAGUUGAUGGAAGAAGCCAGGGCAUAUACCCUGGCAGAUACUGGUGGCAUGCGAACCAAAGACGACGGUGAGAUCAACCAGACGGCCACCAAGUCGACGCACUUGCUUGCCAAGGUCCUGCCAGUGGCCACACAAGAUGCCGACGAGAGCAACCUAGGGGUGGAGGACGACUCCGAGUCGUUUGAACUUGCCGCAACGAUUCAACAGUAUUCAAAUGAAGCUGUUGCGUGGGAAGUGACUGCGGACAACCUUCUGGCUGCGAUCCACAUCAAGCAAGUGCAGAUGGAUGGAAAUGCGACCUUGGACAGUUCCAAGGCCGUCGGCGUGGAACAUUUGCGGAUCAUGAAAGCAUUGAAGGACGGCACUUUGAGUCCAACGGAAGCAGUGAGCAUUCGGAAGAGCAUCGUCAAGCAAUACGGCUACCAUUUUGCGGACUUCAUCGUUGGGUACAGCCACCUCAAACCUCAGCGUCGCAACCCAGUUGCCUCACACAAGCAAUCCAAACGCAAAUCCAACGACGACGACAAGACGAGUUUGCCUGAGAACUGGAUAAAGCUCUUCGACCAAAGCACGCAACGGACGUUCUACUACAACGCCCUCACAGGCGAGUCCGAGUGGCAAAUCCCCCCGCAUUGAGGUCAGUACGGGGAGACGUCGCGUCUUCCUUGCCUAGACUUUCCAAGCGGCUUUGCAACAAUGCAAGCGGCACUUUGACACGCAGGACCCGCAACUUCAGUCGAAGCCAAUCUUCUACACAAUGCACACAACAUGAACUGGAUGUCCUCGUCGAUCGCACGCACCUUCCAACGCAUUCAACAUACGCUCCUUCGCAUCCAAGUCCAUCCGAAGCGUGUUCAUCUGCGCCGAAAGCGCAUCUCCGUUCUCCGUCAUUCCCAUCGCCGCAAAGUUCUAUGUGGCUGGUAAAUUUGAAAAAUGGCGCGAAUCUUGUCCAAUG